AUGAACGGCUACGGCUCCCCCUACCUGUACAUGGGCGGCCCGGUGUCGCAGCCGCCGCGGGCGCCCCUGCAGCGCACGCCGAAGUGCGCGCGCUGCCGCAACCACGGCGUGCUGUCCUGGCUCAAGGGCCACAAGCGCUACUGCCGCUUCAAAGACUGCACCUGCGAGAAGUGCAUCCUCAUCAUCGAGCGGCAGCGGGUCAUGGCGGCGCAGGUGGCGCUGCGCAGGCAGCAGGCCAACGAGAGCCUCGAGAGCCUCAUCCCGGACUCGCUGCGCGCCCUGCCGGGACCCCCGCCGCCGGGAGACGCGGCCGCCGCCCCGCAGCCUCCACCGACCUCGCAGCCGUCUCAGCCGCCGUCGCGCCCAGCUGCCGAGCUGGCUGCGGCCGCCGCGCUGCGCUGGGCCGCCGAGCCCCCGCCCGGGGCGCUGCAGGCGCCGCUCGCCAAGCCAGAUUUGACAGAAGAACGACUUGGGGACGGCAGCACCGCUGACAAUGCUGAGACUUUCAGCGACAAAGACACAGACCAGAGGAGCUCCCCAGACGUGGCCAAAAGUAAGGGCUGCUUCACACCUGAGAGCCCUGAGAUCGUAUCAGUGGACGAAGGGGGAUUCACGGUCCAGAAGAACGGGGCCAGCUCAGAGAGCCGGCCCGACAGCCCCAAGUACCCCGGGGAGCAGAGCCACCUCCUGAUCGAGGGCCCCUCGGGGACCGUGUCUCUGCCCUUCAGCUUGAAAGCCAACAGACCGCCCCUAGAAGUGCUGAAAAAGAUAUUCCCCCACCAGAAGCCCGCGGUGCUGGAGCUGAUCCUCAAGGGCUGUGGGGGCGACCUGGUGAGCGCUGUGGAGGUCCUGCUCUCCAGCCGCUCGUCCUCCUCGGCCGCCGAGCGGACUUCUGCCGGGGAGCCCGAGGGCCUGGUGCUGCCCUCCAACGGGCACCUCUUCGAGCACACCUUGAGCUCCUACCCCCUCUCCUCGUCCAAGUGGUCCGUGGGGUCGGCCUUCAGAGUCCCCGACACGCUGAGGUUUUCUGCCGACUCCACCAACGUGGUCCCCAACCCCCUGGCCGUGCCCCUGCAGCACCCGUUUCCCCAGCCGCCCCGGUACCCUCUGAUGCUGAGGAACACUCUGGCCAGAAACCAGUCGAGCCCCUUUCUGCCCAACGACGUGACCCUGUGGAACACCAUGACGCUGCAGCAGCAGUACCAGCUGCGGUCCCAGUACGUCAGCCCCUUCCCCACCAACCCCACCAGCGUCUUCAGGAGCUCGCCCGUCCUGCCCGCCCGCGCCCCCGAAGACCCUCGGAUCGCUCUCCCCGACGACGGGUGUGCCAUGGUGGCAAAGCAGCCCAUUUACACCGAGGACGACUAUGACGAGAGGUCUGACUCCUCAGACUCCCGCGUACUCAACACGUCAUCUUAA